GUUUGGACGAAAAGAAACUGAAUUAUUCAGUGAAACAAUCGAAACAAUCUCUACACAAAUUGUUAAAAAUGUUGAUUGAUAUCGAUUUUGCUCUCGAAUCACAAAACAGUAUCAUUUUAGACGAAAAUGAUUACUCGGAGACCAAUGAACACCACAUAACAAAUGAAGAUAAAAGUGUGAAUAGAAAUGAUUUGUCAGGAUUUAUGAAUAAACGAAAACUCUCUGACUCUGAAUGUUGUGAAUAUCUGUCGAAAAGACAUUGCAAUUUGAGUUCAACCAGAAAUCACUUAUUAGACAAAUGGUAUGAAAAGACAAGAUUCACGUCCAAUGCCUUUAAGAAUAAAUCAUUGGUUGGUUUGGAACAGUCCUCUACUCAACAAAUCGGUCGCAUUCUCUCUGAUAUGGAAAGACUUACAGAUAUCGACGAGAAAGCCAUAAAUGAUAAUGAAUUAAAUGUAGAAAGUAUUGACAAAAGUGAUGGCAAUGAAGUGGACGCAGAGAUUUUCGAUGACGACGACUUCUAUCAUCAAUUGCUCAGAGAAUUGAUUGAAUCCAAAACUGGAAGUCAAGCCAACGAUCCGAUGAUUUUAAGUAAGAAGUGGUUAGAAAUACAAAAGUUGAGGAAUAAAAUCAAACGCAAAGUCGACACAAAGGCCAGUAAAGGAAGGAAAAUUAGAUACGAUGUGCACUCGAAGUUAGUCAACUUUAUGGCCCCUAUCAAUAACGAGACGUUCACUGAAUCGGCGACCAAUGAUUUGAAGGGAUCGGAGGAGAGCUUUGUGGGAAAGACACGCGCUCUGAGUUCAGUUCCUAAGGACCAUCAGUUCCUAAGGACCAGUAAUUAUGAUGAAGGCUCACAACAAGAAUCGCAAACACCCGACCUGUUCCCGCUGCAGGUUUCACGGCAAGAAAGAUAUCCGAGUUCUACAGCAUCAAUGUCCUUUCCGAAAUUGUACUUGCUCCAGCUGCUUUCUAAU